UUAGGUACCCUCACAUCUAAUUUAAAUCUCAGCAAAUUUCUUGUACUAUUGUUAGUACAUGCAAUCCAUUUUAGAGAACAACAAAUGCAGUAAAUUCUAUUGCUAGGAAAUGUAUUAGUAUGGGAACGGGUACGUCUGCACUAAAUACUAGUAAACAGGAGUACUACCACUUACUGAUUUCAUGUACUCGUACAUACGAGUAUGUAGAUUUUCCUAGCAACGAAUAAAAUUAGUAAAUAAACAGCGUCAAUUAUUAAAGCUGGCACAAACAAUUUAGUUUUUCGCUCUGCUCAACAAUGAAUGCAACUAGCAGAACUGGCUUAAUACCAGCUAAGAGAAGAAAUUUCUUAAUAAAAGAAAAGCCAAAGAAAUUCACUGAGGAUUUACCACUGAAAUUUGAAGCUAUGCCAAUGGCUCUAUCGUUACGACCAUUUGGUGGCCUAUAUAACCCCUUUGCUAAGGGCUGUUCGGUACUAUGCAACCAUCCAGCGCCGUCAGACUUAAAAGAUAUUAUAAGCCAAAUGAAAACUUCGCUGACAGUGGAUGGAAAAAGUGUGCACUUCCCAAAAGAUAAAAACGUUGGCACACCCAUCAAUGAGCAUGAUAAUAUACCCGAAGACCUUGUCCGACGUUACACUGGCACCGACUCACGUCCCCUUACACCAACUCCAACCGUAACCAGUGCGCAUACACGGAAUAGCACAAGUUCCUUUUUGAACAAUCGACGCUGCAUAACACCUGAGUUGGGUAAAAAUGAAAUCAUCAAACGGAAAAAAAUUAUUUUGGAUUUACGACGCACACACUCUCAAGAGACACUAUACUGGAAGCCAUCGUCGGAUAUGUCACAAAGUAUUACGGAUACGGGUGGCGUCAAACCUAAAAGUGCUGGCGCCAAUGAGGAGAGAAAAAAUAAGCACCAACGUUCCGAAGAUCAGCGGCCUAAUACUUCAUUAGGCAAUGCACCAAUUAGCGAUGAUACUAAAGAAUUGAUAGGGGUGGAAAUAAAGAAAGUACAAACUUGUAUUAAUGAGCAGCAUAUCGACGACGGGGAUAUACGACGGGGCAAGAAACGAAAAAAGAUAAGACCGGCAACUACUACAACAACUACAUUCCAUCUGAGCGAAGAUCCAGAAACACAAGUAGCUGCACUUGGCCCGGACUCCCUUAAUCCAAGUACACGUCCUAGUCUUAUACCGAAUUCAGCUAGUUUGCUACCAGGCAAAGAAAAACGAGACAGCGAACAAAUACUAUUGAAAGGCAGCUUCCUCACAGAUGAGGCAUUUCAAGCAUUGAAAACUGAGCUGGAUAUUGAUGUAAUUGAAAACACCUUUGAUAAAUACUUGAAUAGAGCUUUGCGCGAAGCAAUUAAGUAUCUGCCUGAAAAGAAGCCAAAGCCGAUCAAGAAAGUUUUAGAAGAAAAUGAAAAUCCUUCAUUCGUAUCUCAGUCAAAAAUGCCACGUAAAUUGUCAAAGUCUGCAGCAAGAUUUGAUGUUCCAUUAGAUCCCAAAUUACUAGAAGAUAUGACUGUGUUAGAAUACCUUAGCCAAUAUGUGUGGGUCUCCAGUCAACGAAAGCAGCUGUUUAAGCGCGUUUUUCUUCAAUAUUUGACGACUGAAUUAAUUGAAACCGAAGAGGCCGCAGAUGUAAAUCUAUUAAAAAGCAAUGGAAAUGUCGAUGAAGACUCCUUACCUGUACUGAAUGAGUAUGUGGAACGUAAAAUUCCCAUGAACUGUAUAGCCAAAGCACUUGAGGAUGUUUUGGAAUUUUAUGGUACUGAGAAAAAUAUAUCGGAAAUGUUACGCUUAUUAGACUAUGAGAAGGAGACGUCGUCGAAAGAAAUCAAUUUUCGUACUUGGUGUGGUAUUGUAUCAUUUGCUGAACGAUUGGCGCUGGAGAACCCGAGUGGUUCGGAUUCAUGUGAUGAGUUGGAAAAAGUGGACUUUGGUAGCCUAGAAGAGAGAUUGGAAAAUUUCGAUAUACAAGAAAAUUUAUUGGAAGUUUUCAGAAUAAUUCGUUCAACACAUAACGUAAAAAAUUGAAGCUCCGAAACAACUGAAGUAUUAAAAACAAUUAAAGACAUCGAAAGUGUAUAUGAUGCGUAUCAAGGUGCAUUCAUUAAAGCUGGUGACACUAGACCAACAACAAUGUUAUGUACGUUUGAUUGUCAAAGCAAAGUAUGGAGAAACUGGAAAACAAAUGAUGAAUUCGCCUUGUUUCAUUCUGAGCUGACAGCCACAUGGACACGGCGAAAGAAAGAAAACAGCUUAGCUGAUUUACCGAUACCACCUCUAAUAGAUUCGCCUUGAUGCGUAUAAUGCGAUGAUGACAAUUCAGAAUUUGAAAAUUCAGAUUAGAUGUGCAUAUGGCGUAUCAUAAGCCAUUUAAUAAAUAAUACUUUCUUCUAGAACAAAAAAUUAAUUAUUUCAUAUUAAAAACGAUUAUUUAAAAGUAACGUCAGUAGUGAAUAAUGCUCAAACUGUACCUUGAUUUUAUGUCGUCUUUGACAUUUGUCAAGUAAACGAUGUGAAAGUUUACACGAUAGAACAACGCGUUAAAAUUAUUGAAACUUUUUAGUAAAAUGGUCAAUCUUUAAGAACAUAUCGCAAAACUCGUGAUUUUUUAGGUGAAAAUAAUUGUCCGAAUGAGUCGACAAUUCAAAGGAUAGUGAACAAAUUUCAAGAAACUGGUUCUAUGGAGGAUAAAAAAGCAACUGGCAUACCAAAAAGUCGAGGUUGUGUUGAGAGUAUUGCUGCUGUAGCGCAGUGUAGCUGAACAACCUUCAACAACGAUGGUUUUCAACAAUUAGACA